AUGGCAAGCGAUCGACUCGGUAUGAGGAGAGAUCUCGGUCAUCAAUGUCAUGAGCUAUGCCACAAUACUACGUUCAAUGGUGAAUUCUCCACAUCUGUCGUCAUCAUACAUCACAACGAGGCUCUAUCCGUUCUUCUGCGAAUGCUCACAGGCAUCUUCGAACGAACUCCAGCUCAUCUACUUCACGAAGUGAUCCUCUAUGAAGAUGCCAGCGAAGAAGAGCACAAACUCUCCGAUUACCUUCGAAAGUUUGCCCUAGCGAGUGGCUGGAAUGAUAAAAUCAGAAUAGAAAGGAGCGAAGAACGUCAAGGUCUCAUUAGAGCCAAGACCCUGGCGUCACGGCUCGCCACCAGUGAGGUAAUCGUCUUUAUGGACAGCCAUUGUGAAGUCACGGAACGUUGGCUAGAACCACUGCUGGAUGCGAUUGCGGAGAACCCGAAAAGUGCUUGUUCAGCGUGGUUUACAGGUCGAUCGUAUUCAUCCGUUGACGUUCGAAUACACGAAAGCGAUGAUCUCAAAGAGUGGUUUCGACUGGUCGCUGACUUUCAAAUGGCUCUACAUACCAUGGGAAUACUUCGACAUCAAAGAGAACAACGUGAAACCGAUCGAGUCGCCAUCCGAAUGUGCGUGCGAGGACUGCUAGCGGUUCGUCGAGAGUACUUCCUUUCGUUGGGUGAAUAUGAUAUGGGCAUGGAAAUAUGGGGCGGCGAGAAUGUUGACCUCGCUCUCAAGGUAAGCUCGUACUCACUACUUCUGGAGCCACGACCAUCGGCAGCAAAGAUGGAUUUCGGAGAUGUAAGCGCUGGUCUAGAACUGAAGAAACGGCUCAAUUGCAAGGAUAUGGACUGGUAUUUGGAAAAUGUGUACCCAGACUUGAAGCUUGCUCAGCGGACCAGAAUGGGAAACGUGAAGAAUUAUUGA